CAUCACCUGUCAUAUAUCAGUGCCCAUCUGAGCUGCCUCUCUGUGCCACCUUUCAGUGCCAGUCAGUGCCAUCUAUCAAUGCCAGUCAGUGCCACCUAUCAGUGCUGCCAGUUAGUGCCUCCUAUCAGUGCCAGUAAAUGCCGCCUAUCAGUGCCAGUCAAUGCCGCCUAUCAGUGCCAGUCAAUGCCGCCUAUCAGUGCCCUGCCACCUAUCAGUGCUGCCUUUCAGUGCCCAUCAGUGAUGCCUGUCAAUGCCCAUCAGUGCCACCUACCAGUGUCUCCUCAUCAGUGCAACCUAUCAGUGCAGCCUAUUAGUGCCCAUCACUGCAGCCUCAUUAGCGUACAUCAGUGAAGGAGAAAAAUCACUUACUUACAAACUUUUAUAA